CCAAAUGCUUGGUACAAGAUUUGGGCGAUAUGCCCGGUGUUAGGGUUUCAUUUUGUCUCUAUCUUUAAGCCCAUCCUCUCUGUAUUUUACCCAUUUCAUUCCCUUCAUCAAACCUCCAUAACCUAUCUUAAAUGUUUCCAGUACCAUGGCUGGCCUUCUCUCAUUGAACCACCAUCAAAACUUAGCUCAAUUUCAACAAAAUCAGACCCAUCAUCUUCGUCUUCAGCCUAACCCUAUUCCCACUGCUGGCUCCUGGAUGUGGAACCCUAAGGCUCAACCCCAUGAACCAGAUGACGAUUCAUGGGAAGUCCGGGCCUUCGCAGAGGACACCGGUAACGCGAUGGGCACGACUUGGCCGCCGAGGUCGUAUACUUGCACUUUUUGCAGACGGGAAUUCAGGUCAGCUCAAGCACUUGGUGGUCACAUGAACGUGCAUCGCCGUGACAGGGCUCGGCUCCACCAAAUACAGCCACCUGGUGGUGUUACUGUUCCGUUAAUCAACCAAGCCUCACCGUCUUCGACUACUCAAGAAUUCGCCACAAGUAGUGGCUUGUGCCUCCUAUACCAAUUACCUAGCCCUAAUGGGGUUUUUACUUAUCCGCCUAUUAACAGUGCAUGUUCCUUUGAUUCACCUUCGACCCUUCUCUCCAUUUCGCCAUAUCAUCCUUCUAACAACUCGAAGGUGGCGGCGCCACCGUCGAUAAAUUUUCCAGCGACGCCUCUGGGGUUGAAUAGUUCUUCUCUUAGUUACUCAACAAAAGCCAAAGCCGAAUCUUCAAGCACUUCUGCCGCCGGUACUAAUCUCAAGGAAACAUCAAUCGAAGAUCUUGAUCUAGAGCUCCGACUAGGGCAUAGUCCAACAACAUCUUGAAGAAAAAAGCAAAAUAACAAAAUCAAAGAGCUCGAGUGUGCAAUUUUUAUCUUUACAUAUUUGCCAGUUUUUGAUUAACUUGGUGUGAGAUUUUUUUUUCUUGUUUUUCCAUCAAUGCUUGGUAUAAUUUUUUUAUUAUUAUGUGUGAAAGUUGAAGAAAAGAAACAGCAAAUGCUGUAAAUUCAAAGAAGAAGGAUAUUAUUAUUAUUAUAAGAAGAGGAAGAAGAAAGGAGAAGGAGAUUAGGGUUUGCAGUGCAGUGUCAUUAUCUGGGCUACAGGUUUUUUCUGAAUAGAUUCAGUGCCUCCCCCUUCUCUCUCUAGGCUUGUUUUUCCGUGGGCUUGUUUACAUUAAACACUAAACCAAUGCCAUUUCCAUUAUUUUCUUUUUUUCCCUUCCAGGUUUCAAGGCUUCGACUUGUCUGAUUCAACGACCCAUGUAGCACACCUAGUUUUGAAGAGCAAGUUUUUCUACAGGAAUUUUCUACAUAC